CAGCGCUCAGAACACUUCCUGAGACCUGGACCGCAUCGCGCAUGCGUGGGCGUUGGAGGCUGCUCAGGAUCUGCCUUCACUUCCCAGGCACAUCAAAAGAGCAGUGUCCUUCAGGAGAAUGUCCUGCUGUCCCUUAAGAUCCCCACGAUGGUCCCUUGCUCUGUGAGGAAUCCUGGGCCUGGGACAACACAGAACCGCACCACCUGCCAACCAUCCCAUUGGGAAUGAAAGGUUGAGCAUUUCCCAGCUUUGAGCAUCCUAACUCAACUCAAAGAAAUCUGGAAGAACGUGACUUAAGAAACAACUUUCAAAACCUUUGUGUCGUAUGACAGUAGAUUCACUGAGAAAGCGAAAGUAAAAGAGUCAUCAUGAAAAAGAUCUCAAAGAGAAGAGAAGAAAUCUUUAAAAAGAUGUCAGAAGCAGCGUACAGCAGUACAGAAGAAACAGCAGACAGGCAUCUCUCAAAAGAUACAGAGGAAAAUCGAAACAUCACAGAGACACUGAGAGACAAAGUAAGAGGAAAACUAAAAAAUGCUAAGAUCAGUCAAGGUGAAAAGUCCUCCGCUCAGCUGCUCACUGAUAUAAAGAUUCACCAAUGGUCUAAGACUGAAGUCUUGCUGGAUGAAGGUCUUUCAUUUUUCAUCCUGAGUGGGGAAGAAGAUUCAGCUGUGAGCCGGUCUGCACAGCAGAAAUCAGUAAGUGAUAGUUACUUCAAACCCUCUGCAUUUGGUGGUAGUUUACAAACUGUUGCUGAGGGCCAAGAUGAGGAUUUUGUGGAAGAAGUAAUUUUAAUGGAUUUAUUUGAAGUGAAAGCUGCGGAAUAUGAGGAUGAUCAGGAACAGAUGAAAAAACAGAAGGCAAUUGUUUUUGUGCCAAGUAGUUCUCCAGUGGCCAACCAGCUUAAACUGCCAAAAGGCAUGAUGCCUCGCAUUUUAGAAGACGAAGGAUUCUACGUUAAGAAAAAGCCAAAGGCAUGUAAAAAGAUCUGCAACAAAAUGGAAAACCGCCUGCUCAUCCUACAGGAGGGAAAACGUUGGUUUGAGGAAAGUGGAGAAAUAAUGUCCUUGCCAUCACCUAUUAGACAGUCUUGGAAUUUUAGGAUCCGCAUGAGCAAGGAAUCUUUGAAUCCAGCACUAAAGACUAUACCCAGGAAGGCAGUGAAAUCCGACCUGGAAUGCUGUUUUAGAAGCAGAAUGGAUGGUCAAAGAGAAAUGUACCAAUUAGAUCUUAACAUCGUGGGCUUGCAGUUCAGCCAUCACCCGCUCUUCAAUCAAGAACAAGUCCUGUGUGCCAGGCUGCUCCAGCUCUGUGAGUCUUUCCAGGACAGGCAGAAGCAGGGUUUAACUCAGCUGCUCUAUGAGAAGCUGAAAGCUCUGACAGAGACUACCAAACUAGCCAGAAAAAAAACGGAAAUAAGCCAGCUUACCAGAGAAUCAUUACAAGAUUAUUACUGGCAGAUAAGUGAUACAAGACGGCUGUAUCAUGCAGAAAGGGCAAAAGACCACUCCCUUCUGCACAGAAUUCUACAGACUUGGAAACAGAUGAAAUCUCUCAGGCAAAAGCAAGGAUUUACAAGCACCCCAGUAAAGCUGCAGUUUCACAGGAUAAAAAUGAACACUUGGGAUGAUCAGAACCAAGCAGGAACGUCAGGAGUAUCAGGGGAAGAGAGUGAAGAAACGCUAUUUCGGAAUGAAGGCACACAGGAGAGACUCCCCUAUUCAGCUUCAGACCUUGAAGGAGUGGAUAUGGAGAGAAUAAAGCCAAUGACACUGGUGCCACAACUUUCCUUCACAGCAGAGUUAACAAAUGUAUCCAAGUGUUCACUAGCUGAGCAAAGGAGGAGAGCCAAAAUUCAAAAGCUUAAAUAUUUUAUCAAAAUAUUUUAUAAUGAUAAGCAGGUUUCCUGUACAUCUGUAUCUCCCCUACAGUGUGAUUUUAAAGUCAUGUUUCAACAGAUUUUUAACAUUCAACUAUUAUAUUGGCCUGAAACAAUUUGCUUGGAGGUUUAUGAAGUAAGUAAAAGGACAAGUUUACUGGUUAAACUAUAUCUGCCUUUACCUAACAAGACAGAGCUGAAAGACAAGACUGUCCUGGAAUAUACAGAAUUUAGUUCUGAUAAACUGGCCAUACCCAUGGAUGGAGGCGUAGGAAGCAAUGUGCCUUUUAAUCUCGAGGGAAGUGAGAAUGAAGAAGUUUGUCUUUUAACCUCAGGAAAACUUAGCUAUUCCCUCUCAUGGGCUUUAGAUGAAAAUGGAAUCCCUCUGACACCGGUGUCACAGUCAUUGCGAUCUGCAUACUGUAGUGUAUUAAGGAAUGUCGAUGCCAGAGGUGUUCCUGGACUCCCGUGGCCCGUGAACUCACAAAAGCUUUGUGACUGGGCAGAUGACAUCAGGAUUGAUCCAAAUAACCCAGAGUAUUCAGAUAUAACAGAACUUAUUAUGUAUUUGAGACACAAAGGUCAGGAGAUCCCAAAAUAUUUCCGUCUUGAGCAGUUGCAAGAUGAAUUUAACUUUGUGUCUGAGGAAGAAAUGAAAAGGAGCAAACGAUUCCAGCUAUUGCAGCUGAGAAACGCGGGCCAACUUGACCCCUUCCUUCUGCAGCAGAUGCCCCUCUACGACAAAGAGAUUCCAGACAUAGUCUUCCAGGAGUACGAAAGUCAGGCUCAGAAGGACAUGUCCAUUUCAGAUGUGAAUUCUAUCACUGCACAAAGGAUUAAUUCUGUAAAUUUUCUGAGAAAGGUGAGAAGUUUGAUAAUGAAAAGAAUCAUCAAAGUCAGCAAAUUUAACUUGUCAGAUAUUGUGGCUGACUAUGAAGAAAUUGUAUCUACAAGCCAGUUGACGGAUGUAAUUUGUAAGUUCAUUGAACCACGAAGGAAGUUAAAGCCUCAGAGGAAAGAAAGAAGAAAAGUCACAGCACAGACUGUCUCUGAUGGAGAUAUCAAGAUUCUGGUCAGGAUCCUGAGGGCCUACAACAUUCCUAUCAGAAAAAAAAUAUCUUCUAGGACUUUGGGUAUGCCUCCUUACUCAAGGUUACCCAUGGCUUGCCGCAGACAUCAAGAAGCAAUGAAAGUCAGAGCCUCAAAUGACUUCUUCAAUGAGGAUACUGUGCACCCUUUCAUAGAAGUUUCUUUCCAACACAUUGUAUAUCAGACUAACACUGCGAGCGGAUCCCAUCCGUGCUGGAAUGAAGAAAUCAAAGUAGAUUUCAUCUCACCAGGACAUGACUACAGCUUCUCUAGUUUAUCGAAAAUAAAGGAUAAUAUACAUAUCAAUGUUUUUGAUGAAGUGCUAAUUGAAAAACAUGAGGACCAUUGUCUCAAGAGCUGCAGUGCUCACACUUACAUACAAAAGAACUGGCUGGGCUCCAUCAGUUUCCCCUUCUCAGCCCUUCUGCAACAGUCUGAGAUUAGCGGAACAUUUCAAGUGAACAUCCCGCCCAUUUUGCUUGGGUACACCUGGAGUAACACUUACGUCCCUCCUAGAGAAGACUGCAGUGGACAGAACCCGAAAGAAUGUACCUUCCUAAAUAUUUUUGCUACAAUUGAACCUCAGAUAUCAUAUAUCACAUUCAAUCCGAAACUAGAUGAGUUUUCAGAUCAAAUAGACAUUUUGCAGCGAGCACAGACUUUUACCAGGAACUGUAAGGCCAUGUUUCCCAACCGAAGAGUCGUGACCACUGUUUUUAACAGUGAAGGGAUGCAGGUCUUUGUCACAAGAUACAUCAAGGCGUUGAAUCCACCACAGCAACUCCUAGAUAUAUUUCUUCAUGACUCCAAUGCGACCCUUGACCUCAUCGCACGAUUUGUAUCUUUGAUUCCUUUCACGACAGAAACGUCGGAUGACAAUGAUGGUUUUGACAUAUGGAUGACAUCAGAGUACUGCAUUAGUUUGGCUAUUGGAAGUAAGGAAGAACAUGCCAUACUCCUCUGUAAUUUCUUUCUGUACUUUGGAAAGAAGGCGCUGGUGCUACUGGGGACCUCAGUCCUAGAAGGGCAUGUGGCUUAUGUACUGACCCAAGAAACUGGAGAGUCUUUGCUUUGGAAUCCAUCAACAGGGCAAUGUCAUAAACAGUUUGACCCAUUUUGCCCCUUGCAAAGUGUGGAUUGUCUGUUCAAUGAUAGAAAUGUCUGGUUUAAUAUUCAACAAAAUAAUACACCAAUGGCCGUACAUUUUGACUAUUCAAAAGAAAGCUUCUGGAAACAGUUGCUGCCAAAAGACUUUCAGGGGAUAAAAGCCCAAAGUGUGCAGCCUGAAGAAAUAGUUUACUGUGAUACUAAUAAAGGCAUGGUAGAAGAUCUGAAGAGCAGGAUGGAAAGGACACUGAAAUGUAAAAUGAUGGAAUGGCGACCUAAGCACCCAACGCGAUGGAAUCGGCAGUGCACUUCUGUUUUGCGACAAAUCCUUCCUAAGUUAGAGUUUUACACGGGAAGUUUUGCCUCAUUUGAAGACAGUGAGUUAGAAAGGCUGCUACAGUUUUAUUGGGUCACAGGAUUUCCCAUCCAGAUGCCCUACACAGAUGUCCAGUCAGUCAUUGAUGCUGUCUACCAGACUGGAGUUCACUCUUCUGAAUUUCCCCAGACAGAAUUUGCUUUAGCGGUGUACAUUCAUCCAUACCCCAACAACAUAUUAUCUGUGUGGGUCUAUUUGGCUUCCUUAGCCCGAUGUCAGUGAAAGGGAAGAAGGGAAAAGGCAAAGAGUACUAUGCUCUCUAGAUCCAAGUUUUCCUGUCAUCUGGAGAUUCUGCUGCUUAUUUUCAAGUUCACCAGUGCUGGGCAUAAUUUGGAUUCCUGAGUAGAGUUGGGAACUAUGGAAACCACAUUAGCAUCCCUCCGUAGGCUUUGAGGAGUUGUCUAGAUACCUCCAUACCAACACACCUCUUCUGGGAGACCCUUGGCAGUUUGGCUGCUUUGUGAACCACAGUUUAUACAGUAGAUCUCAUUCUGGAAAAGAAGCAUUGAUGGCCGGUUCCCGAAGGUCACUGCGGCUCAAUCAUGGAGGUCUCAUCAGAGCCAUCCUGAGAGGCUUAUUAAGAGCAGAGAUUCCCAGAUCCACCCAUGACUUCCUGAAUCAGAACCACUGAGAGGAAAGCAGCAUUGUUUUCAAAGACCUCCCAGGCAACCUCGAUUCUCUGUUGAGUGACAGCUUGCCCUUACAGAAUGCUGUCAGUACUAAUGAGACAUGGGUACCUUUGAUGCUCAUUCUGGUACAAUUCCAGGUAAAAAUUCCUCAGAGGGAACUCUGAGGUCAUGUUCUAGUCUGAAAGGCUCCAGAUGUAAGAAAAGCCUGUUUCAGUUUGAGUCCAAGGGCCAGAAAAGAUCCAUGUCCCAGCUUAAAGAAAUUAAGCAAGAGUAAAUCCCUCUUACUCCCUUGAGGGAGGGUAGUCUUUUAAUUCUAACUUCCAGCUGACUGGAUGAGCACUACCCACAUUCAGAAGGGCAAUCUACUUUACUCAGUUUACCAAGUCAUAUUCUCCAGCCCAGCACGCCUUCACACGUAUAUCCAGAAUGCUUGAACAGUGGCUCUCCUAUAGCCCACUCAGGUAGAUAAUAACAAUCUAUGUUCAUUUUAACCAGAAGUAAAAAACAUAUGUCAAAUUUUAAUUUUGGAGCACUCACUGGUAAAUUACAUAUUGUAAAUAUAUGCAAAUUUUGGUUCCUAUUUUUGAGAAUAGCAUAAAAACUAUCCUUAACAUUCUACAUCAUAGUGGUUUGGAAACAUCAUUAGGAUCUUCUAUAUCAAGUUCACUACAGGUGUGUUCUAUCUCCUCAACCUCUCCAACUGCCCAGUGUCAAAUAUUUUAGAGAAAGAUGACAGGUGUCAAUGCAUUAAGACCAGUUAAUGAACUUAUACAGACUAAGUGGGAGAUGAAGGUGUUGUAGUAGUAGAGAUUGGGUGUGAAUAGUAGUCCCAGUGCCUUAAAUAGUACACAGGUCUAAAUUUGUACCAAGGAAACAAAUCAAGAACAGGGUCAAGGGCUUCUGGCUCCUAGUGCUUUGUACCCAAAAGAAUUCAGUGGAGCCUGAGAAGAAACCUGAAUGUUCACUAGACCAAAACAAAGUGCACAAUAUACCAUGGAGCAAAGUACCAUUUUACACACAAAAUGACGCAGGGGGGUCACAUUCAUGCGUUGAUACAAAGAACUGUAUUUCUGGGAAGGGACAACAAAAGACACAGCAGUAGUGGUGUCUCUGGGAAGAGGUGUCUCUGGAAGAGGUGCCCCUGGAAAGAAGUGGCAUCCAUGGAGAAAGGGACCUGCCUGUUAUUAUGCACUAUUUUAUACUGUUUCAAUGUUUUGCCUUUUGCAUGCAUUUAUUUAAGUUUUUUUCUUUUUAAUUAAAAAGAAUUUAACUUUUCAA